UGCAGAGCAUCAGGACAACAUUCGCGUAUGAUUCUGCCUGGCUAAUUAUACCUACCGACAUAAUAUAUUUAAAUUCUGUUUACUUGCCGCGGAUGUUCGAUCGGUGAUUGUGAUACGUUGUGCGGACCAACGUGCCCGACCGUGUCAUCCUACCUCGGGCUGGUGACGCUGUUCCUUUUCUCGGCAAUGGACUUGUUUCGAUCAACUCUGCUCCUCGAUACAAAGUUAUUUAUUGGUAUUUAGCGGAGUAACGACGUGCUCUACGUUUCUCUUGUGCAGUGCAAGCAACGCCGGAUUUACUCAAACACCAGUCGAGAUGUUCGAUCGCCAUCACUGUGACGGUUAGGACAUAGGGCAGGGGGCAAAACAGUGCGGGUCGAACCGUGGUGCGCGCGAUCACGUACAACCAUGCGAGAUCCACGAUCGCUUCGGUCGAUCGCAGUUAAACCGGCAGAUUGAUUGGUCGUCCGCUCGAGCUUGAUAGAGAUGAGUCGUAUACCUCGUGAGAGAGGAGCGUAGAUGUACCAAGACCGCGAGUGCGCAACCCUUUACGGUGAUCCAUCGUUUCUACCGUCGGCAUCGGCGUCGGUGCAUCGGAAUCCUAUCUAAGUGAUACCGAGGGCAAAAGUACUUGAAGGCCGUAGGCUGCGAGGACAUUGAGAAUUCUUAUCACACAGAUGCGAACCGCGAAUAUUGCGGCGAAGAGGAAACGCAGCUAUCGCUGCUAGUAUCGCUCCAUUCGAGGCUGCCAGUUUUCGACUGGUUUAGGUCUAAGUCCAAGAGCUUAGACUUAGCUGGAUACAGGAUGAUGUACUCACCGGACAAGAUGAUGGGGAGCAAGGGACUUCACGGGGCACCGAUCACUGCCCCGGGCUGUUUUCCUUCGGGGAGGUAUUCGCCGCCACCUUACCGUGCCGCCCCGGACCCCAUGCCGCCGCCGCCGCGACGCUGUAUGCCUAAUCCUACGAGUCGUAUAUUGGAAGAUGCCUCCAUUAUGUGCAACUCCUGGUCACCAAGGCAUAACGGUGACUUAUUCGGGGGCUUGAACAGCGGUCUACAAGACGGCUUACUUUCGAGGGCAGAGGCUUUGGCUGCGGAUUUAGGAAAACACAACGCGGGCACCCCAAUGCCUUUGAAGCACGACCCUGUUUCCGUCUAUCAUCAUGGAGCCCAUAUGCCAACCCCCCAUCCAAAUAACCGGCCGCAUCAUCAGAUGAGCCAUCCGGGAAUGGAGAGUCUCGAUAUGCUGGACCCAGCAAAUUCGAUGACUACGUUGACGCCAAUGUCGGAGAAUACCGGCGGCGGGCCCGGGCACCACCCGGGCAUCCACGGGCCAUCCGUGUACGGGGGCAUGAACGGUAUGAUGAGCCACCACCAUCAUCACGGAAAUCUCGGUGGAGGAGGAGGCAGCGUGCCACAUUCAGCUCACCAUCAUCCAGCCAUGGCUGCAGCCGCGGCUGCGGCGGCCGCCGCCGGGCUGCAUCCGGACGCGGACACGGACCCCCGAGAGCUGGAAGCGUUCGCCGAAAGAUUCAAACAGAGACGCAUCAAACUGGGCGUAACGCAGGCUGACGUCGGCAAAGCCCUCGCGAAUCUAAAGUUACCAGGCGUUGGGGCGCUCUCACAGUCGACGAUAUGUCGAUUCGAGUCGCUGACACUCUCGCACAACAACAUGAUCGCCCUCAAGCCAAUUCUCCAAGCCUGGCUCGAGGAGGCGGAAGCCCAGGCGAAAAACAAGAGACGAGAUCCCGACGCUCCGUCGGUUUUACCCGCUGGGGAGAAGAAGAGAAAGAGGACGAGCAUAGCCGCGCCCGAGAAACGAUCCCUGGAAGCGUAUUUCGCCGUGCAACCGCGACCAUCCGGCGAAAAAAUCGCCGCCAUUGCUGAGAAACUCGAUCUCAAGAAAAACGUCGUCAGGGUCUGGUUUUGCAACCAGCGACAAAAGCAGAAGCGCAUGAAAUUCGCGGCCCAACAUUGACCCGAGGGUGGCUUGUGACAGCAAAACUGACCGUAUCAGUUGCCCAGUCUCGAGCCUAAACCAGAACCCUUGACCGAGUUUCAGGGAUGGCCGUAAAAGAAAAACCGGCAGACGAGUGGAUAGUGGACAAAUGAUCACCAUAAACAACCGCUUCGAUACUGUGCCGACCAAGUCGGCAGAGUCGUAGUCGUGCCACAAAGUCUUUUCGGUUUUCAGUGAGUUAGAAAUACGGUAGCUCGAUACUGCGGCCAAAUGGGCGAUAGUCAGACUGUCACAGGCUUCAAAUGAAUAUACAUAUACUGUGGUAAUUGCGCGCGUGCGUGCGUGAUGUUCUCGACGCGUCUCCUGUGGAAUGUUCGAUCGGCAGAAACGAUUCUUGGCUCGUCGACUCGCGAGUCUCUUCUCUCGAGAGCUCCGGUUCACUUGUGAGUAACUACACAUAUGAACACAUAACGCCUUACAGAACGAUAUUCACCGGUUCAGCUGUCUUUACUUUGUCCUACGUUCUACGAUCAGCUCCAUUAGCGUACCAAUUCUUCUUUACAAGAUUACAACACUGAAAACCAUCUUCUCGAAUACAGAUACUUGAUUUCAAAGCUUUCGCUUGUCAACUACUUUUCUCGACUCUGUAUUUCUCCCUCUGAGUUUAUAAUAUUUUCAUGUUUGAUAUUUAAAAAGACAUGUAUAUGGUUCGAAAACGUAUAAAACUAAUAAGAAAAAACGUCGAUGCCAUGGAACUGGGAAAACACUGUUCGUAUCGCAUAAGAAGAUCACAUGAAAUCGGGCGAAAGUAGUCGUGGAAACCCUAGAUCAAAUCAUCUCGAAAGCGAGAUAGAAUUUGAGGAGCAUAUCAACUGCGAUCGCGAUAAAAGAGUUUACGAGCGUAUCCACCCUUGGAUCGGCCUCGGUGGACUCGUUGAAAUCGUCGUUGAUGCAGAUUUCAUAACCAAAGAUUCUACCAAAGUUUAACAAAAUUUCAAUAUAUCUAAAAUGACGUGUCUUAAUUACUUGGAAUAUUUUUUAAGCAUUUUCGUUAUAAGCUCACCUCUCGCCAAACAACUGAUCCAGUCGAUAAAACGAAUUAGCGGGACACAGUUUCAUUAAAAACGGCUUCGGAGAUAUGCGUAUACGCAUAAUAUUCUGCUAUAUACACUUUUCGACGUAACAGUAUUAGUUACGUCGACCUCAUCUUACCUCACCUUACAAUUCAAAGUACGUACUUUUUCUAAACGAAUACUAUACGACAUAUGUAUUUACCUGAAUAUUAUUUUUCCUUGAAAAUGGUCUAUCACGUACGCAUGCAUUUUACUUCUAACGUAUAAAAACGGCUACAUCAAGUGAUAAAAUUAAAAAGAUUUGAAUCGUAUACAACUUUCUUUGUGAUAUUAAUCGAGAAGAGAAGAGAGAAGUCUUCGCCGUCGAAGAAGAGCCAAUUACAACGAAAUAACGUAAGGAUCGUCGACGCGUCUUGAAAAGUACAAUUUGAAACGUAAAAAGUAUAAAAGUACGUAUUGUUAUAAAGUCGACGCGCGAGUACGUCGCGCUGAAGAAAUAAGUGAUAUUAAUCCUAAUGAAGACACUCGGUGCAGUGUAAAAAGUGAAAAGCUAGAGAAGGAGAGAAGAGUGUAUGCGUGUGUAAAAAGUAAAAUUGAAACAUCGAUAUAUUUAUUACUAGAAUAAGGUUUUUACUCGAAUACAUCGAUCUCUGUGAUUAUUGUAUGUUCGUGGAACGCCAUUCCGUAAAUAUUUACUUGCCGUUUGAAAUUUCAUCAAGAUUCGUGCAAAUCUUGAGGAUUCGAGAGUGUACAAGUUUUAUUCCAUACGGUAACAGUAAUUUUAAUAGUUCGGUAUACAUGUAUAUUAUAAUUCGGUAUAAGUUAAUUGAAAUUUUUGCAGAACGCGGUGUAUUCGCAACAAACAUCGGUAACUUGGAUUAUCGACUCUGAAUCUCUCGUACCGAAUUAACGAACAAAUUGCGUACGUACGUGUACUAUUUAUCGAUGCGAUACAUGUUACCCUUAAAGAAACGAUAUCAACCACUCGAAGGUUUUGAAAGCUUUGAGAACCGAGCAAAAACUUUUGUUUCGUAAUCGCUAUAAACAAUGCAUUUAACUCUUAGACACGAUUCAUUCCAGUAAAAUAUAUCGAUGAUUAAGUUGCGCGAUAUGAGAAUGAAUGAAAUGAUGCGAGAAAUCAUAAUGAGGAAAAAAAAAUAAGAGAACGUGUUAUGUAGUGAUAUUGGACAAUCAGUGAAAAGACUGUAUCAUAUCAUAUUGAAGCAAUACUGUAGUAUUAGUCGAGGAAUUAAUGAAAAGGUUAUUUGUAUUCUUCGUGAUCGACCGCGCGUUUCCGGUGCACUCAAAGGUCAACUUUGCGCGAAACGAAAGGGAGAAACAUGUCAACAGGAAAUAACUUUUCUUCUCGAAACGAACCAAUUUCAAACUGAAUAUUUUCGAAAUAAGACGUCGCGUGUUUACAUUCGUAUGACAUUGGGAGCGCGUUUGAUCGCUCGACGAAAGAACAACUACCCGCUGUAUUCCGCGAAUGGGCCUGAUUUAUUUUUCUUUCUCGACAAUUUCGCUGUCUCUCGAUGACAACGAAAUUCGAUCAGCGUGGAAAAGGGUAAUCCCCAACCCCAUUCGUGCACGAAACACUACGUUCGCGCACGCGUGACGCACUUGCGCGAAGCGCUCUCGUUUUUUAAAAGCAUCGUGCACCCGAGGCGAGGGGGCGUAACAGCCGCGAUUCAGCGCCGUCUGCUGAAUCGCAGCUUAAAAGUUGGUUUUCACGUGACUUUGAGUCACAACUUUUAAUGCGGUGAUCCCGAACGUCACAAUUGUCAUCGUGAAACCUGCAAAUGUCACGUUCUCGUGAUAUUUCAAUCGCAAACGUCGCAUUGAGAGUCGUAGCUUCGCGUCACGCGAGAACGAGCUUUAACCCUUUGCGGUCCUGUAUCGAGCGAGGCUCGACGAAAAUAUACCGAUAUCAGAAAAUCUCGACCGCAGAGGGUUCAGCGUCGAUCACGUAUUAACCGCGAACCAGUUUCUGUGCCGAAAGAUCAAAGAAAGAAAAUUCCAAGGCACAGACGAGUGAUCGUAUCCAUGUAUUCCCGUGCAUCGAGCAAUACCACGAGGAUAUUCGGCAAAGAAAGCGAUAAUGUCGUUAUAAUAGUUGAGAGUAAGCGGAAGAAUGGUAGUAAUUUUGAAAUUGUACAUAUAUAAGAGGAUAGGUAUUUUCUAGAAGAAUAAUAGUCUAUUGUCAUUCUAUUAGUUUAUCGGAAGAAAAUUCUAGUGCAAUAUAGAGUUUAACGACAUUUAUUAUUAUUAUUAUUAUUAUUAUUAUUAUCAUCAUCAUCAUCAUCAUCAUCAUCAUCAUCAUCAUCAUCAUCAUUAUUAUAUUUGUUAUAUUAUCGAUUGUUUUGUCUGUCAAUGGAGUUUUAUCGAGCCAAAAUGAUCGCUCGUAUCGGUUAACCUUGAACCUACAUUCAAAACAUUAUUCCACUUGUGUUCGGGAUGCUUUUUCUCCAGCCGUAAACGAUUAUUAUCAUUCGUAGCAACAUAUGCAUGUUCGCACGGUGUGCGAAGUGAUUGAAAAAGCGAUCGGUUGAUCGCAAUACUCGAAAGCAUUCUAGUUCCAUGAGUAGGUAUCGUUUCAAACUAGCGGCCAGUGGCAGAGUUUGUCCUGACCAUUUAGUCUCAUUCGCGUAUCGAUCUGUCCGUUUUCCUUCGAUAAUUACAGUGUUUCCCGUGCACGAUUCACAGUGUGCAAUUACUGUGAUGCUUCGAAGUAUAUAAAUGUCGUUUAUUUAUUUGAAAAAGUAAUAGUUGGUACAAAAACGGGAAUCUUGAAAAGAAUAAAAUGUUUUGUAGACACUAACGACAGGGUAACGAGUCAUAUCGCAGUAUGCUUUUAACGGUUAUUAUUAUCGUAAUGUACACCUAGGAGCCUUGCUGUUUGGCGUGAGUAGGUAUAUGUGCCGUAACAUUUUCCACGCAAUCCUUGGUGAUCUUUAAAGAAAUCGUGCACCUAUUUAAGGAGGAACAAGUGAAAACUCUAGUCCACUAUUUUGCAUACGUGUAUAAUGUAUAUACAGUUAUACAGUCGUCGAAUGAAGAAUCGAAACAUUCUGACGAAUGAAUAAAAUGUUGAUAUAUAAUCUUGAAUAUUUUCGGAUUUUAAGUUACUCGUAUACGGAACGGGAUUCUCGAAGAAGCAUCAUGUCAAACGUAUCGAAUAUAAAAGAACGUGAUCUUUGUUUGUGUUAUGUAACGCUACGAUUAAACGAUAAGCGGUGUCAUUUUUGAACGAUAUCGUAAUCGUAUCCAUACACGAUUAGAAAUAUAAGAAACUUGAACCUCUUUUUCAUGCAUUCUGCGUGCCAACUACUUCGAAGCAACGUAUACAAUCUCGUAAUAAAACAUACAUUAUAUUCAGAUGCAUGUACAAUCCGGUAUGUCGUUGAACUUAACGAUAAGAAACAUUCUCGAACUUUUUACUCGUGGAUAAAUCUGGGUGUAAACCUUGUGUACAUAUAUUCAUACAUAUACUCGCAAUAACUGCAAACUAAUUCGUAUUAUAUGGACAUGGGAUGAUCCAUAAAAGUAUAACUUCGUGUUCACGAUUGGUUCGAAGCCCUAAUUCCGUUUAUUCGAUUCCGAAAAUCACCAAGAUUUUACAUUUGCAUUAUCGUAAACUCGCAACACUCAAAUAUCAAAUAUCGUACGAUACGCUUCGAUCGUAUGGAUAAUUUACUUUAUAUAAUUUUGGUGGAAAUGGACAAAUCGGUGUCUACGAUAACAUGGGGCCAAAACAAUCUCUUGCUUUGAAAUCUUUCAAGUAUAUAAGUUAACGGUAAAUAAGCCUGUGAUUACCAAAGGUUGCUUGCUUGGAUUAUCCUAUCUUAAAAUUGCGUAUACUUGACUCGAAUUCUCCAAAAAUGCAGGACAAUUGAUUAGAAGAAAUUGUUUGAGAAGGUCGCGUAUACCUACAUGCGCGAAAGUCAAAGAUUCUUGUGUAUAUACAUGCAUACGUAUAAAUUAUUUAUUUCUUAUUUGCGUGGUAAAUUUUAAUUUGAAUGAUCGCGCGCAGUUGCGACGAUCAUCUCGGAUACUAGUCGAAAGCUGAAUUAACGUUGUAACCGACAAAGUAUUACGUUGACAAGUACGACUACGAAGAAGGUUUGUAUAAAAGAUAACGAGAAUUACUAAUUAAUAUAAAUAAUUACUAUCAGCAAUUAGAUUGAAUGUUUAUAAUAAAUCUAAAGAAGCCAAAAUGAAUUGUUAAACAUAGAAUCUUACUCAUAGGUGUAUGCGUGAUCAGUUUCCGGUGGCCGGUAUUUUUCUGUAAAGCGUUAAACCAUUUCGCGACGUGCUAAUUGACCAACGGAAUCCUUUAAUCAAUUUAUAUUUUAUGAAUUUCAAAACAAUUCAAAUACUAACAAUUUCUUUCAAUUGGAUAUUUUUUCACGAGUAUAUCGUAUUUAUAACGCGUCGUUUAUUCAAAGAGUUUUUCUAUGGCUACCAAGUCGUUAAAACAAACCACGCGAUCUAGAGAAUGUUUAAUUUUGAACGUAUGGCAACGACAAAACAGAAAACAGAUCACGAAUCACACACGGUUAAGAUUUUCAAUUUAUUUGUAUAAAUCGUAAGAGUUUUCUUUGUUGUCGUUAACAAUUCUUCGAAAAAAAAGAUUCGGGUAUAGUUGUAAGCAUUCGAGAAUAUUUAUUGAUUUUUACAAAGAUCAUUGUAUAGAAAACCAUCGCGAUUUGAUGAAAAAAGGUUCUGUAAAAUAUAACGAGAUUUAGCAGGAUAUAUUGUAAACGUAUCCGAACACCAUUUACGAAUAAGACCAUAAUUGACGAACGAUAUAAUAUAAUAAAGACAUAUCAUAAAGUAUUAAUUUAAUUGCCUGACAUUGUAGAAUUUAUAUGUAAAUAUGUUGCGUGCAACUUGGAUAAACAUUCCGAGACGAUGCGAAGUAGACAGAUUAUUCGUGACAGGUAGCAACACACCCGGUCUUAUCGUAUCUAUUAUUUAUAGUAAUUCAGAUAAGGCUUUCAUUACUUCUAUUUGUCGUAGACACUAUCACGAAUUUGUAUAUAAUCAAGAACGUAACUGUCUUUGUAAAUUGUUAUAUAUUAUAAUAAUUGACGCACUAGUUAAAUUCUAUUCGCUUUUGACCCAUGAUGUACGUCGACGUAAACAGCAACGUGAGAGAGAAUUGUUCGUGUCGUUUUCAUAGCACAGAGAAUUUUUGUAAACGCGUCAACUUAUACAUAUAGUGUCCGAUAGUUUGAACGAAUUUUCAUUUCAGAUCCGACGAACGAUGCUUUACCUCUCGACAUACAUAUCUAAACAACGGCUGUAAACUACAAAUAGACGUAGGUUACAGGCAACUUUUGCAAAGGAAAGGUUUCUCGAGACCAAGAUAACCAUGAAAACGAACCUCUUAAAGCACACCAAAUUGCGCGCAAUGUAAAACAAAAGAAAGGGAAAAGAAUUUUCCUCCAUACUGUACAUAUCAUGUGCCAUAACUCAUUUACCAUACUUUGUGUCCAACUUUGUUCCAAGUACCUACUCAACUAUAAAUAUUAUAGUAUAAUAAA